AUUUACACAUUUCGCAUUGAACUUCGCUAUUAACCAGUCAGUCUGUUAACAAUGGGAGGAGUCGUCUGGUUGUUCAUAAUUCUACUCUUGAGAUUAUUUACUGGUGCCAGUGCGAAUCUGCAGAGUUCCAAUGAACUUUCGGAGUGUAAUUCGACUCAGAAUGAGUUUCGAUGUUCGACUGGGACCUGCGUUCCGAAAAUAUGGGUCUGCGAUGGAGAGAGAGAUUGUUUAGACGGUGGAGAUGAAUGGAAUUGCGAUGAUGAGCCGAAAAAUGAAUCGGAAGACAGCAUCUUGAUCUACUCCUCGGACACAGAAAUCGGUGCCUUCGACUUAAUCACCAACAAAUCUCUCCCUCUGAUUAUGAAAAAUCUGCGGAAUGUGGUGGGUGUAGCCCUUGACGAGACAUUCGUCUAUUGGUCGAUGAACAGUUUCCAAAACGAGGGAAUUUAUCGAGCCUUCAAGAACGGUACUGGCGCACAGGUCCUGGCAAUCGCAGGGAUAGGAAAUAUUCAGGAACUAGCAGUUGACGGGAUAACUGGAAAUAUCUACUACACGGACGCCUCCAACAAGUACCUGGGGGUGUGCACAGCAUCUGGUGUGUACUGCACCGCAAUAAUAACAGAAGGUACAGAGAAGCCCCGAGGUCUUGCCCUCUAUCCACCAACGGGUCAGCUCUACUGGAGCGAUUGGGGAAAUGAUCCCCACAUCUCCAGGGCGGAGAUGAACGGAAACUCCAGAACUCCACUGGUCACCACAGACAUCAUCUGGCCCAACGGCAUCGCCAUCGAUGACAUCUACUCGAGACUUUACUGGGCUGACGCCAAACUCAAAAGAAUUGAAUCUAUCAAUUUUCUUGGCGAAGACAGGCAGGUCCUGGUGCGUGCCAUCCAGAUGCACCCGUUUUCCCUAUCGGUCUUUCAGGACAGAAUCCUCUGGAGUGACUGGGAAACUGGAAACAUCAGAUCUUGCAAUAAGACAUCAGGCGAGAGCCUCGGAACUCUUGUUGGAGAAAAUCGUGUAUUCCGUGGAGUUCACGUCUACCAGGCCUUUACCAAGUUUGACAAUCCUUGUGAAGAAAUGCGCUGUGGAGAAAUAUGCCUGAUCGGGGCCGAUCUCAGCUGCAGCUGUGCCUGCAGUGCGAAUAAAACUCUCGAGGCGGAUGGGAAAACUUGCAAAGGAGACGAGGAGCACAGAUUAAUCCUCGGUGCUGGAGGAAUUCUCUUCGACUAUCGUCACGAAUUCCUGGGAAGACCGCAAUGGCGAGAGAUCGAGAACCCUGAGGAAUUCGCCUCGGUCUUCCCCGAGAGCCACAGUUUAUCGAUUCGUGGCUGGCAAUUCAUGUUCGAAGAGAUCUCAAUCAUAUCCGGGGAUAACGAAACCCUCGGGGCCGUCGCCUUCGACUCCAUUGGAAAAAAUUUUUACUCAGUAAAUGGUCACAACCGAAUUCAAGUAACAAAUCUCUUGAAUUUCGAGACAACUUUCAUCAGUUUCUCCGAAGAUCCCAGAUCAAUUCUGCUAGUACCAGAAGAGGCGACGAUGUUUGUGGCCUUGUGUAGUGAAUCCAGUUGUCAUGUGGACAGGAUGUCAAUGUCGGGGGGAGGAAGAACGCGUUUUGUGAGGGAAGUCCUGGGGGGUCCGAGGGUUCCUCUAGCCUUCGACCCAGAGACGAGAAGAGUUUUCUGGGGAGAUGAAACCGCAGGAACACUGAAUAGCAUUUCCUUCGACGGAUACGACAAGCAGUUGCUGCAGGCAGGGCUCAAGUAUCCGGUGGGUUUGGCGAUCCUCAAGGACUUCGUCUUCGGGACUGUGAAAGGCUCCAGGGAGGUAUUCUGGGCGAACAAGACUGGCGGACACGACGGGAUGAAAGCCCUCAACAUCACGGAGACUCCAGAGGGUGACUUCCUGGUUUUAAGUCUGAAUUUUCCUCGGUUAAAGGCUGGAGAGGAAAUCCACGAGUGUCGGAUUGACAAUGGGGGAUGCUCUCAUGUUUGUUUACUGGAGACAACGAUUUCUCGGGUGUGCGGAUGUCCACUAGAGAUGACCCUCGAAUCUGACCAGAAGACUUGUUCUCCCGAUCAAAAUCAAGACACAACGAACUGAAUAAAUUCUUCAAAAAUUUUAAUUUUAAUUUUUGAAAUGAAUUAGCAAUUAACUUAAAAUCGAAAUUGUUUAUCCACUGAGAUUAUUAUUUAAACGUAGGGACGAGCAUUCAUAAAUUUAUGUAGACAAUAUUUUUAAAUAUAUUUAAC